AUGGCCAACAAAGUGGACAUGUCUUUGGAUGACAUCAUCAACGGUGGGAAGCUGCUUGUGUCCAACCUGGACUUUGCAGUGUCCGAUGCUGAUAUACAGGAAGUCUUUGCUUCAUCCGGAACCUUGAAGAAAGCCACCGUGCACUAUGAUCGCUCUGGACAAAGUUUGGGGACAGCAGAGGUGCACUUUGAACGGGAAGCAGAUGCCCUGAAGGCUAUGCAAGAGUACAAUGGUGUGCCUUUGGAUGGCCGCCGCAUGAAGAUCCAGCUCGUCACAUCCCAGAUCCUUAUGCAACCAAGACCUGCACAAAGCAUCAACAGAGGAGGCAUGACAAGAAACCCUGGCUCGGGAGGUUCGCGUGCCGGAGUCACCAGGAGAGGGACAAGUGGAGGCUACCAGGGACGAGCUAGAGGGGCCAGCAGCAACUCGAAGCAGCAGCUUACUGCAGAGGGGUUGGACGCACAGUUGGAUUAUCAGUCCUACUAG